AUGAUUGAGCAUCGAGGCUCAGAACAAUUGACUCGACAGGAGGGUUUGGGUUUGUUCACGAACCUACGGGCACAAAUUAGCAUCAGUCAAAUAUACCAAGCGAAAUACAGCUCUCCAAUUACGACCCAGCUCACAGAAGACGUAAAGAGAUACCGAGAUCCAGACCAAAUGGUCGAUGAUGUCGGCCGGGUGGUCAUCCAAUUGACCAAUUUUUGCGCAACCAUUAAAGAUGGCAGUAUCACGCAGCCCAGCGAGAUCAUCCGUCGGACUAUGAGCCUUGACACCGACCUCAUGUCAAUACUCUUUACUGCGCCUCCCUCGUGGAGGUAUCAAACAGUCAAAGUUCCGGUUAUAGACGGAGAGCCCGUCACCCGCACCGUUUGGGGCGAUAGUUACCAUGUCUGUCGCAAUCUUUCUGUAAGCGGUGUUUGGAAUAAUGCUCGCUCUGCGCGACUUUUGAUGCACAAAAUGCUGCUCGGCGCUGUGAAUUCACUUGAAGAUUCAUCACCAGGGAGCAGCGGCCUUCUUCAACAGCAGCUUAUUGCGAGUCAAAGUCGACAGAUUGCGCACCAACUCGUGGAUGAUAUCUGCGCCAGUGUGCAUUUCCAUCUGGGCUUGGCCAAUAGAAGUUCAUCUCUGGAAACAGUCGCAGCACACCUUGGAGCCUUUCUGCCCAACACGAACAUGAUUCAUUCCGAGACUCAUUAUCCCUCGCCUUUGCCCCCUAGUUUUGAGGUACCAGGAGCCGGGGGCGUCACUCUGGCCUGGACUCUGUUAAUUGCUGCAAACUCUGGAUUUGCAUCUCCUCCGCCACGCAAAUGGAUUAUUGGUUGUCUCGAGAAGAUUGGACAUUCCAUGGAAAGUAAUAAAGCGUUGACCAUGGCACAAUCAUUGCAGGAUGGGAUGGAUUCCCGGGCAUGGAUGUCACCAGAAGUCUCUCCAAGCCAUGACACCCUUUGGUGA